GGUAUGGCGGCCUCCUCUUCCUGGUAACUGGACCGGGGAGGAAACAGGAUAACAAAACGUCUGCGGCCGGAAAUCUCGUAAUGGCGGAUUUUGAUGAAAUUUACGAGGAAGAGGACGAAGACGAAGAACGGGCGUUGGAGGAACAGCUGCUGAAGUAUUCUCCGGACCCGGUAGUGGUGCGAGGAUGUGGGCACGUCACAGUUUUUGGUCUUAGCAACAAAUUUGAAGCAGAAUUCCCUUCAUCCUUAACUGGCAAGGUAGCACCUGAAGAAUUUAAAUCUAGCAUUAACCGAGUCAACAGUUGUCUUAAGAAGAAUCUUCCAAUCAAUGUCCGAUGGCUACUUUGUGGAUGCCUUUGCUGUUGCUGUACAUUGGGCUGCAGCAUGUGGCCAGUUGUGUGUCUCAGUAAAAGAACACGAAGAUCGAUUGAGAAGUUAUUGGAAUGGGAAAACAAUAGGUUAUACCACAAGCUGUGCUUGCACUGGAGGCUGAGCAAAAGGAAAUGUGAAACGAAUAACAUGAUGGAAUAUGUCAUCUUGAUAGAAUUUUUACCAAAGACACAGAUUUUUCGGCCAGAUUAGCAUUGUCUGUUUGUAAGGACUUAACCGAGUAUCUUGUAUUUCCAAUGGUGCCUUGCUUGGUGCUUUUCCAGUGGUGACAUUACAAUGGUUCUUCUAAAUCUCUUGUGGGUUUUUUUCCCAUUCCCUCCUUUAUUAUUUUUUUUCUCUGUAUAAUCUAAUGGAUCUUUAUUGAGUUUUGCCAAAAUCUGUUUGAUAAUCUGUGCCUAAGCAGAUAUAUUUUCACAACAAAUUUGCACGUGGCACAUGCCAGCCUGUGCAGAAUAUUUGAGGUCUGUUUAUGUUUUUCCCCCCGUGUGGUUCUCAUCUUUGGACUCUAAACUGAUGUCGGCGGCACAGAAUUUUAUUUGGUCACAUUUUGGGAACCAAUAUGUCACUGCACCAUUAGAAAUCUCAAUCUCCCUACAAGAUGUCCUGUCAGCUGGUUCUGCAGAAGACCUGAAUCUAAGGGGGUUAUUUAUUAAAGUCCGAAUGCCAAAAAUCCUAAAAAUUUGUUUUUUUUACUAUAAAAUCCGAGUUUUUAAUGGAAAAAUAAAAACUCAAAUUUUUCGAGAUUUAUUAUACCCCGAGGAUGGAAAAAGACAGAAACCGAAAAUCUCUGAACUACGGAGGUUGCAUAUAAAUCAAUGGGAGAAGUCCCGAAGAUAUCUUGACCUGCGCUGGGUUUCAUGCAAUAAUCCGAAGAUUUUGUGGUUUUUGAGCAAAAAUCAGGUGGAAAAUCCAAAAAUUUGAUACAAUUCGACUUUUUCGGGUUUUUUCCUGCACUGGAAAUUUUCUUGGAAAAUGUAUUGAUAAAUAAGGGGAAAAAACCUGUGCGGAUUUGGUCGGGUAGUUUUCAGAAAAUGAUGAGAUAAAUUUGGACUUUGAUAAAUGGGCCUCUAAGAGUUGGAAUUAUUGCUUUUUUUCCCACCAUAAAGUAGAUUAUCCAUGGAAAUACACCGUGUGCAUGUUUUUAAUUUGCUGGCACUCAGGAAGAUGUGGUUCUGUCAAGAGAACGUGUGCUGGAGGGUCUUGGUUCUUGAGUUUUAAUGCAAUUAAAAACUGUUGUCGUUCUGUUA